AUGAUACUUUGUGUUUUUCCCAAGAUAGGGUUCAGAUGGCCCCAUCUAAAUCUCCGCAGCCAUUGUACCGAAAGAUUAAAGGGAAAGCGCCUGGAAGCUGUGAUCGCGGCCAUGUUGGAAGAGGGCGAGUGCCGGCAACCAUGGAGGAAGAAUCACCUGUGUCGGGGGGAGUGAAGUCGAAGUGACGCCAUGUGCGUUAAGGGCGUUAUUCGGCUUCCGGUGGCUCCAAGCGCUUCUCACGGCCUCAGUCCAGCAGUGUCCCCAGCAAGCAGCUUGUGGUCCCUUCUCUGCCUCCUCCUCUCGCACCGGGGCCUCGAUUCAGACUCCCGAGGGCGGAGGCACGAGCUCGGGAGGGGGUGGGGGCGGAGGCGGUGCGGCGGAUCGCGCACGCGCACACACUCGCGCGCUCCUCGGACCCGAGAGGGAGCUGGCGCCCGCUCCCCGGAGAGCGCGGGACUGAGGAAUAAAGGGCGGCCCGGCUCUCGCAGACCCUCCCCGGGGACAAUGAGCAGGCCCGGGCCGGGGGCGAGGGGCCCCGUGAGCUUCGCCGAUGUGGCCGUGUACUUCUCCCCGGAGGAGUGGGGACGGCUGCGCCCCGCGCAGAGGGCCCUGUAUAGGGACGUCAUGCGGGAGACGUACGGCCACCUGGGCGCGCUGGGUGAGUGUCCGGGCGGGCGGCCUCGUCUGCGUGCGGGCCGCUCCUGCCGCCCGUGCCUCUGGUCUAUUCUUAGACGCCUCCUGUUUCCUCCCCCAGGAUUCCCAGGCCCCAAACCUGCCCUUAUCUCCUGGAUGGAACAAGAGUCAGAGGCCUGGGGCCCGGCCGCACAGGAUCCGGAGGAGUGGGGGGGAGAUCCGAGAACAGCUUGCAGAGGAAACUGGAACAUAAACAGGGAGAAAUGGAAGAGAGAAGAGCCCCAAACCAAGGACCCUUUGGAUACCCAUGUGAGAGGGCAACUACUUCAACCUGGCAUCAAACUUAUAGACUCAACACACAACAGAUCCUUGGAACCACCAUCCAAGGCUGACUUCAACAAGACUUUGCCUCAGCCCUCUAUCCCAAAACCUAACUUGGACACUCAGGCUGGCCAGAGGCGCCAUGCCUGUCCUGAUUGUGGACGCCGCUUCACCUAUCCCUCCCUGCUGGUCAGUCAUAGGCGAAUGCACUCUGGUGAACGUCCCUUUCCUUGUCCUGAGUGUGGAAUGCGCUUCAAGCGGAAAUUUGCUGUCGAAGCCCAUCAGUGGAUCCAUCGAUCUUGCUCUGGGGGACGGAGGGGUCGUCGGCCUGGGAUACGGGCUGUGCCGCUAGCCCCUGUUCGGGGUGACCGUGACCCUCCUGUGCUAUUCCGGCACUACCCAGACAUCUUUGAGGAGUGUGGAUGACCUACUUCACUGGGGAUGGGGGAGAAGUGAUUGGAGAGGAGCUGAAGGUCUAAGCAUGGUCAGAGUGCUAGAGGUAGGCUUUGAAGGGCAUGGAAGGGAGUAACCAAGUGAGACUUGGGACCUAAAGCCAGUUCCUCACGCCUCCUUUGGGGCAUAAUUCCGUAUUUGUUUAAAGCGGUGGGGGGCUGGGGGGGGGAUGUGCCUGUAAAAAAUCCAAAUUAAAUUUUGUAAAAAAGUCAUUCAUACAAAUAUUCAAAUAGAAGUUAUGAAGUAGCUUAAGUUUUAAUGAAGCCAUAAGGUAGCUGAAAGUACAGUCUAGUCCAGCCAGCCUCCAUCUGCUCUUUAAGUAUCCUCUAUGUGAACAAAGCCAUUGGCAGCACUGAGAAAACAUACACAAUGAGAUAAAGAAGCAUAAGGAGGAAGUGGGACUGGAAAGGGCGAGUCGUAGCUGGGUGGUCAGGUUAAAGGACGAAUUCAGUAGUAAAAAAGUUCUGGGUUAAAGCCCAGAAAAGUGGUUAAGGCAAAACUAGAGGUCCAGGACCAAAUGAACAGUCCAGUGUGGGCAUAAUUCAGAUAGCAAACAUCCAGAGUAAAUUUUGGGAAGUAAGGAUUAGCAACCUAUCAAGGGGUUUGGGUUAGAGAAGGCUGGGUGUUGUGAAGAGUUCAGAGACUGAAACCACAUAAAAUGGGACAAUAGCCUCAAGCAAGGCAUCAAGAGCAAACACUUGUAAAAGUAGGUCAGGGCAAACCGUGACCCAGCCAGAUGCUUGGAGGUUAGUGAUACUGGAAUGGUAAUUUUGUUUCUGUGCUAAAGAUACACUGAAAAAAGUGAAGACCAGUCACAUCAAGACCAGUUAGGAUACUAUACUAGUGGUUCAGCUGAGUGGUGAUGGUGACAUUGCCUAGCCUAGUGGAAGGUCGGUUAUAAAGGAACAAAUGGAAGAGCCACAGUAGAAGAAUUGGAGCCUAUGGCUUUGCAACUGUUUGGCUGGUGUGGGAUAGGACAUGAAAGACAGGAGUCAGAGAUGAUGCAGUUUCAAGAGAGUUCCAUGCUUGAAUGUUUAAGAAUGAUAGGAAAAUCGUGUUGAGGAUGUGGUCUAGAGAGUGGAAGACUUCUGAUUCAGUUGUGUUGAGCAUUUAAGGUGCCCACUGGACUGAGGCGGAGAUGAUGAGCUGAGAGAGUUGUCAAAGACAAGACUUUGGGAUUUACGAUUAGGCCUAGAGAUAGCGAUUUGAAAGUCAUCGACAUAAAAAUAAUAGAUAUAAUCAUGAAGGGAGAGUAUGAAGGAAAAAAAGGCUAGGACCAAGCUUCAGCGAAUGCCUGUAUUUAUGGGGCAGGAAGGGGAAAUUGUGCAGAAGAGAGCAGUGAGAGAGGAUGCAAACCUUGCAGGUCUUGGAAUCCGUGAGAAGGGUGUCAGGAAGAAGGGGUUAGUCAACAGUGUCAUGUUGCACAGAGGUAAAAGGAUGAGGACUGAGAAAAGGCCAUUGAUUUAAAUUAGUAGUACACUACAGAAAAGUGCUGGGAGCAAAAGCCAGAUUUAUAUUCUUUUUUUUUUUUGGAGGGGGGAAAGCAGGGCAAUUGGGGUUAAGUGACUUGCCCAAGGUCACCCAGCUGGUGUGUCAAGUGUCUCAGGUCAGUUUUGAACUCAGGCCCUCCUGACUCCAGAGCCGGUGCUCUACUCACUGUGCCACCUAGCUGCCCGCAAAACCAGAUUUAAAGUGGACAUGAGGAUGGCCCUUAGCUGAAAUGCAAAGUUUGUAUUAGAGAAUGAAAAAGUUAACUUGUGUCAGGAUUAGAAGGGAUCUUAAGAGAUCCUCUUGUUUAAACCUAUGAUUUUAUAACUUAGAAGACUGAGUUUUAGAGAGGUUAUCUGACUUCCCCAAGUUAACAGACAGGCAAAACCAAACCAGAAUUAAGAUCUCCUUAUCCUUGGACCAUUGUUCUUUCUACAGCAGCACACCACCUUUGACCUUCCAUUAAAUACAAGCAGUUCACAGACACACUCUUAGAGUGGGGGGAAGUAUCCAAAGCCUUGAAACCAUGUUUUUACCAAAGUGGUAAUACCAAAGAAGUAUAAGAAUCUUGUAACAUGUGCUCCAAAACAUAUUUAAUGGUCUGCAACUUUGUUACCAAGGAUAGGACCCAAAUAAAGUACAUAAGGGAUGCAUCCUAGGACAUAGA